AUGUUAGACGGUGUCCAGUUUGUGGAGGCCCUCGGCCGGCUAGGUUAUCCUGGCGUUUCAUCGCUGAAGGCCUCAGAGUUCGAUUGGCUGUGCGAAUGCGCCCCGGAGAACCUUCACUUCUUACGCUUUGUCUGUCGGACCCUCACCCGGAGCAACGUCCUCGCCCCCAAGGAGGCGCUCGCAUUUCAGGAGCUGCAGAAGUCCGGCAAACCCAUUCUGGACGAGGCAGCCUUGAGUGAACUCCUCAAAACCCUCGGGCCCUCAGAUGGGACUGGCACAAAUAUCUUUGGGUCCAAUUCCUCCUCCUCCUCUUCCUCCACCCUGUUUCCAGAAGAGGAGGGUUUGGACGUAGAGGAUUUGGAGGCAGAGCUGAGAGAGCUCUGCAAAGAGAAAGAGCUGAAGCAGCGGCGAUACAACAAGUUGCAGGUUUUGGCCACGUCGCGCGCGGACGUGGAGCUGAAACUCGCCGCGGAGCUGGACGGCUCCAAGCGAAAGCUGAAGGAAGCCGGCAGCUCUGUGGGAGCAGAAAACGCCGACACCAACUCGCUGCUUCAGAAGCUAACGGACGAGGCGAGCAGGCUGGGGUCGUACCUCCCUCAGCCAGAAACCGGGCAUAAAGGGGACCCUGUAAACGCAUCUGUCUCCAAGAUGUCCACAUCCCUCCUCUCUCAGCUUCCCUUAAGUUCCUACCUGCAUCAGGAGGAGCUCAACACCAAGGCGCUAGCCGCCCUCACCCAGAAGCAUUUCUUCCAGGGCCUUUCGGACUUCGUGGAGACUUCUUUUUCCGAGCGAUUUCAGGUUCUCGACCUCAGUUCUCGUGACGAUAAAGAGGACGAAGAGCACGGAGGGGGGGAGAGGGCCGAUCGCACCGUGGAGCGAAGGAGGACGGAGAUGGCCAGACUCCAGCGUUCACACAUGGUGGCUCAGCACCAACUGAUAUUAGCUCUGGCAGAGGAGAGGAGCCUCAGGGCUGGACUGGACUGGCUCUCCGAAAAGGCCCGUCAUGCUAAGAGCCUCUCCACCUCCACCUCCCUGCACGUGCGUGAGGUGGCGUCCAGAAAUGAGCUGCAGGCUGUGGAGGCUGAGCUGGAGGCGCUGCUUAACGGGCCACUACCCGCCGCCCUAAAGGAGUGGGCCAGGCUGCUUAUAGUCCCGGUAGUGAGGGGAGACCUGGCUCUGCAACUGGCCAGACAAGGCUACUACACCUCCAGGCAGGACCAGGUACGAGACUACCUACUGCGUCAGAAAGCUUCCUUUGAGCUGGUCCACCUGGCCCAGGAGAUGGAGAUGAGGAGGUGGAGAACCUGCCGGGGGCAGCUGAGUGAACUGGAGGGCAGACUGCGGGCGGAAAGUGAAUCUGUCUCUGAGAGGAUGGAGUCGCUGGCACAUCCGGACCUGGCGUUGAACCCCAGACCGAACCCCAUCAUCAGCACCAAGGAUAUAGCCUUCAGCAGGCUGCUCCAGAUCCUCGACCACAAUCCGGACCCCGGUCGGUCCGAGCCGUUUCGGACGUUCGCCGAACUGGAAAAGGCGGCUCUGGACCUGUCCGGCGGCCUGCGUUUCGCCCGGGACUCGCUGGCCGGCGCCCGCCGCGACCGGCGCCGCGCGGUGUCCCGUCUCCAUGGCGACUGCUCGGCCCUGCACGGGGCCUCCUACUCAGAGCUGCAGCAGCUGGCCCUGGGCCCGCAGGUACGUCCGGCGGCCAUCGCCGACCUGGAGCUGCUUUGCCCCAACGCACAGUUGCAGAAUCUGCAGCAAAUGAUGCACGAAAUCCUGGGAGAGCUCAAAAGCAAACGCUUCCAACUGGAGCGCAACGCCCUCCUGAGGCGGGAGCGGGAACUGUACGUCUACUUCCACCUGGACGCCCGCCUUCUGCAGAAAGUUGUGGAAGACCUGGAGGGGAAAACGGCCGCGAGAGGACAGCAGUAA